AUGAAAGAACAAUAUGUGACUAAAGACAGCUUAGAUGUGGUGAAAUCUGACCUGGAAAGUCUAAAAAGAACAUCAAUUGUGAAUAACUUUGGAAGUACCCCCCGGAAUAUAAAUAUAAAGAGAGGUGGUUUUUUACUGGAUAGUCACGAUGACUACUGCAGUGGACCUAGAGGACUUGCGUACGUAGGAGCAGAACAUAAUAAUUCGUACAGGGAGUCUAGCGAAAUACGAGCUGAGUCAAAUUAUCACAACACUCAAUUUUUAUCUGAAAGUGAGGGUAUUCGGAAGAAUGGUCGCGAAAUUUAUAAUAAUUCGUACAGGGAGUCUAGCGAAAUACGAGCUGAGUCAAAUUAUCACAACACUCAAUUUUUAUCUGAAAGUGAGGGUAUUCGGAAGAAUGGUCGCGAAAUUAAUAACUUUUCGAAUGAGAGCGAUUGUCAGGAUGCGGCGUUAGCGACCGGUGGCACGAUGACUCAUACGCAAUCAGCUGCAAUCGAAGUACCUUGCGAGGCGGGACACACGGCCGUUACGAAUGUAAGCAAUACCGCACAGGAAAAGAAGAAAUCUAUGGCUGACAUUGUACGCGAUGGUGAAUGGAAAACACCAAAAGUGGACAAAGAAUGGAACUUAGUACAAAAUAAACGUUUAAGGAACCGGUUUGCUGCAAAUCGAGGAAGGGCAAUCUUACGCCCAGAAGCGAGUUUUAAAGCCGCAGACAUAAGUAUCCCUAUAUAA